ACAGCGCGUUCCCACACGUGGCUCGUUCCCAAACGGCGCUUCGCUCCUUCCCUUAAAUCUGGAUCUCUGCUACCUGCGAGCCCUGCGCUCAGCCCGGGGAGACCUGCAGCUCCACACGCCGAAUCAGCACCACCUGAACCUGAGGAUCUACACAGUGAAGCAUGCCUUCAGUGCCCCCCAGCAAAGAGAAUGGACCCUCCAGUCCUGUCUGCCCCUUCACUGGCAAGAACGCUGCCAACAGUGCAAGCAAGGUGCAAAACCAGGACGUUGUGGACGCAGCCAUCCAGCUAAACCGAGACAAGGUGGCCAGCGAGAGGAAGUGGAUCCGUCCUGACCUGAGCAGCAAGUGCACCUGGAGGCUCGGAGCACCGCAGACAGACUCCCCUCACACCCACCCACCCAGGAUACAUGCUUCCAGCAUCUUACCCAACAUCCUCCAAGGAAUUGGAGACACGCCCCUUGUGCGCAUCAACAAGAUCACCAAGACAUUCGGCCUCAAGUGUGAGAUGUUGGCGAAGUGCGAGUACUUCAACGCCGGCGGCAGUGUGAAGGACAGAAUCAGCUUGCGGAUGGUGGAAGAUGCAGAGAGAGCGGGCAUCCUCAAACCUGGAGACACUAUUAUUGAGCCCACAUCUGGAAAUACUGGUAUUGGCCUUGCUCUGGCUGCAGCUGUGAAGGGCUACCGCUGCAUCAUCGUCAUGCCUGAGAAGAUGAGUUUGGAGAAGGUGGAUGUACUGAGAGCCCUGGGGGCUGAGAUCGUCCGUACCCCUACCAGCGCCCGUUUCGAUUCGCCCGAGUCCCAUGUGGGCGUGGCCUGGCGCCUGAAGAACGAAAUUCCCAACUCACACAUCCUGGACCAGUAUCGUAAUCCCAGCAACCCUCUGGCUCACUACGACACCACCGCUGAGGAGAUCCUGGAGCAGUGUGAUGGAAAAGUGGACAUGCUGGUGGCAGGAGCUGGCACAGGGGGCACCAUCACCGGCAUCGCUCGCAAGCUGAAGGAGAAAUGCCCCAACAUUAAGAUCAUUGCUGUGGACCCAGAGGGAUCGAUUCUAGCUGAGCCAGAUGAGCUGAACCAGACAGAUAAGACACAGUAUGAGGUGGAGGGCAUCGGCUAUGAUUUCAUCCCUACUGUACUGGACAGAACAGUUGUAGACAGCUGGUACAAGACCAAUGAUGAAGAGUCCUUUGCUAUGGCUCGCAUGCUCAUCAGAGACGAGGGGCUGCUGUGUGGUGGUAGUUCAGGCACUGCCAUGGCAGCAGCAGUAAAGGCAGCCAAAGAGCUGAAGGAGGGACAGCGCUGUGUGGUCAUCUUACCCGACUCCAUCCGCAACUACAUGUCCAAAUUCUUGAGUGACAAAUGGAUGUUCCAGAAGGGCUUUCUAACAGAAGAGGACAUCAUGGUUAGCAAGCCUUGGUGGUGGAAUCUUAGGUUACAGAGUUUGAAUCUCUCUGCUCCCCUCACUGUUUUGCCCACAGUAACCUGUCAAAAAACCAUCAAGAUCCUGAAAGAAAAGGGAUUUGACCAAGCUCCAGUCGUCAAUGAGUCAGGGGUGAUUCUUGGUAUGGUGACCUUGGGGAACAUGUUAGCUUCAGUGCUAGCUGGAAAAGUCAAGCCCUCAGACCCUGUCAGCAAAGUGCUCUACAAGCAGUUUAAACAGAUUCGGCUGACUGAUAACAUGGGGAAGCUCUCUCGGAUCUUGGAGACGGAUCACUUUGCCCUGGUGGUGCACGAACAGAUUCAGUUACCAUGUCAAAAGUUUGAGCACACCUCUUCUCAUUCAAUAUAUUUGACAGACGGAUCCACCACUCUGAAGCAGAUGGUGUUUGGAGUAGUGACAGCUAUUGACCUGCUGAACUUCGUAACCGCCCGUGAGAAACGAGAGCGUUCAGUGUCUGAAUGCACAGACGAACUGUGAUGGGCUCUUUCUCUUUACUCUUCCAGUCUCUGAAAGGAAUGGUUUAUCCAAAACUAAAUAUUAAAUUUUACAUUUUUGCUAUCAUACUCUGAAUUAUGGUUAUCAGAUUAACUUAACUAUGGUUCUAAGCUCAAAAACAACACCAACUGUGACUUUUUUCUUGCAUUAUUUAAUAAUGUAAUAAUUUGAGGUCCAUCUUUAAGCUUAAGCUAUUUUAGAUUUUAUUUUGUGUAAAGAACUCUAAUAGAAGACUAAUAGAAGAAAACUAAUUAAAAUUGUAAUUUCAAAUAAAUUCUAUGUAAUUCUCUGAGAGGAUUUGUUGUUGUUCAACAUGUUGGUUGAUAUACAACAAGAAAAGACCAGUAAAGAAAACCCGUAACCAGUGUAAGAAAAACCUUGUACAAAGGCAAUGCAUAAAGAAUAAAGAGUAAAUACAUUUUA